CAUUUUGCUCUUUCUUGUGCAUGUCGUUGUUUUGACGGCAAAGAGCGAUGGCGGAGUCUGAGGAUACAAAGCCUGUUUGCACGUUUUUAUUUAAGAAAUCGACCAAGAAGUUUAGCGCUCGGAAGAGAAAAGCCAGUGGGAGUGAUAAAGAUGGCAGUAGCGACGAGGAGAAGAGCACGGUUGUCAGGAGGGAGAAGAAGACACGUAUCGUAAAUCCCAUGAUACAAAAGUCCAGGAGAGUUGAGAAAGAGACCGUGUCGUCUAGUGAAAGUGAUGAUCACCAGGAGGAGGAGAAGGUGACUGUGUCCUACAAAUCUACGCGCUCUGCGAAACCUGAAGGGCCUGAAGACAUGGGUGCCACUGCCACGUAUCAGCUGGACACAGAGAAGGAUAAAGACGCACAGGCCAUCUUUGAACGAAGCCAGCAACUCCAAGAGGAGCUGUCUGGCAAGGAUGAUGACAAGGUGUACCGUGGAAUCAACAACUACCACAAGUACAUCAAGCCAAGAGACUCCACUUUGGGAAACGCAUCCUCAGGAAUGGUCAGGCAAGGUCCCAUUAGAGCACCCGAGCAUCUCAGAGCCACGGUCAGGUGGGACUAUCAGCCAGACAUCUGUAAAGACUACAAGGAAACCGGCUUCUGUGGUUUCGGAGGCAACUGCAAGUUCUUGCAUGACCGCUCAGACUACAAACAUGGCUGGCAGAUAGAGAGGGAACUGGAUGAAGGCAGAUACGGUGCAAACGAUGACGAGAACUAUGAAAUUAGCAGUGAUGAUGAAGACUUCCCCUUCAAGUGUUUCAUCUGCAGAGAAUCUUUCAAGAACCCGAUUAUAACAAAGUGUCGACAUUAUUUCUGUGAGGCCUGUGCUCUCCAGCAUUACCGCAAAUCCAAGCGCUGUUACGUAUGUAACGUCCAGACCAAUGGGGUCUUCAAUCCAGCAAAAGAAUUGAUGGCGAAGUUAGCAAAGCGCCAAGCUGACAUGGACCAGCCACCAUCUGAGGAUGAGGAGGGGGAAGACUAGCACCAUGAACUGGGGGCCAUUCCAAAAACCUGCCUCAGUGGUAAACCAGGUGAAGCUAACAUUGAGGUAGUGGUACAUCAUCUAAUAGAAGAGCCGAGAGUCCUCAUUUUCUUAACUAAAUGGCACCGGUGGGCCAUCUAUUAGCAGGCUUACCACUUCCUAUAGGUUAACUUUUAUCCAGGUUUAUCACUUAACAGUGUCCUUGGAAUACUCUCCAGGGGGGGCAUUUCUGGAAAGCGUAGUUGCUAACUAUUUUAGCUACUUUGUUGGUUGCGAUGCAAUUUCCCAUUGGUAACUACCGAAGUUGCUAACUGCUAACAACUACACUUACCAGAAAUGCACCCCAGAUUUCUCUCCAUUCCCCGUCAUCUGUGUCAGUGUACAUAAUCGUCGUAAUCAUCUGUCUCUGUAACCCUUGGAAUAAAAGUUGUUUUUUUUCCAUUA